UAAACAGGGAGCAGCAUCCUUGAUGCUCUGGAAUUCUAAAUCGCUUCUUCACAUCUGAUUGGCUGCUGAGUUUUGACCCUUGUUGGGAUGGACCUGUUGGAUAAAAGGCGAAUUUCUUGAGGGAUCAUGCGUACUGCGCCGUGGAUGUCUGUGCACAAGGGACCGACUUGUAUUUGAAGAAGGGAAUAGUCUCCAAGGCACCAUGACAGGAAAGGAUGGGGCCGUGUUGUCGGAAAGUUUGAACAAAUCAAAAUCAGUUGGUGCCGCUGAGAAUCAACAUCUCUCAAAGAGCAGCACCACACAUCCGCCCAAAUGCACGGGUUUCGGCAUCCAGGAGAUUUUGGGACUAAAUAAAGAGCCGUCCUCGGCUCCACGGAACACUCUGAGCUCGUUCCCUGCCGGGGCGCACCUACUAGCCUCCAGGUCGAUGCUCGGGCCGGCUGGUGUUGGGGUCGGGAUGGGAUUCAUUGGCCCUGGAAGUAUUCAGUCGUUCUACAGCCAGCCCGCGUUUCUGGAGGUGCUGUCAGACGCACAGAAUGUCCAUCUUCAGCCGCUCAGCAGGACCGUGGGACCACUGGAAGCUAAUCAAUCUGCUAGUUCAGAUUCAGAGGAUGUCUCUUCAAGUGAAAGGAAAUUAUCAAAGUCUUCACUGAGCCAGAGCAAGAAGCGAAAAAAGAGACGACACAGAACAAUAUUUACAUCUUACCAGCUGGAGGAACUAGAGAAGGCUUUUAACGAUGCCCAUUAUCCUGAUGUAUACGCCAGAGAAAUGCUGGCCAUGAAAACAGAGCUGCCCGAGGACAGAAUACAGGUGUGGUUCCAAAAUCGACGGGCCAAGUGGAGAAAGCGGGAGAAGUGUUGGGGUCGCAGCAGUGUGAUGGCUGAGUACGGGCUCUAUGGUGCCAUGGUGCGUCAUUCCAUCCCUCUGCCUGAGUCCAUACUGAAGUCUGCUAAAGAUGGCGUCAUGGACUCCUGUGCCCCCUGGCUUCUAGUUCAAGAUGGUUUUCCUACCACCAGCUGCUUUUCUAAAUACGAAUACCCACCAUUCUUUGCAGGGAUGCACAAGAAGUCCUUGGAGACUGCUGUAGUCCAACCAAACGAGAAGUCAGAUGUCACUCAGAAAGCGACCAAUCCUAAACCAGAUGAGGGCGAGACUGAGGAAAGGAGGACAGAGUCACCUAUGUCUAAAGAGGAACUGAGGGAGAACAGUAUUGCUGUUCUCAGGGCAAAAGCACAGGAGCACAGUGCCAAAGUGCUGGGAACAGUGUCCUCUGAGAGACUAGAGCACAAAAUGCAGAUAUCGGUGACAGAGAAGUCCAGCGAACAGUUAGACACAAAAGAAGAGGAAAAGAGUUCUUAGAUCAUGCACUGUAAACUUCAUUCUUCCCUUGUAGUGACAUAAAACAUAGUUUUGGAGUGAACAUAUCUGGGCUAUUUUCUCCUCAUAUACUUGCAAUUUUCCCAACAAAAAAACGAUUUUCGAUUCUCAUCGUUGCUCUGCAUUUUGUUUUACUUAAGCAAGGUCAAAAUGAUUUACAGGCUAUUUAUAUAUUUUUAGUAAUGUCGCUCCCAUCAUCAUCAUCAUGCUGUUUUUUUAAUAUGCAUAAAAAUACCAGACAUUAAAUAUUCUGUGACUACAAUGCUUAAAAAGGCAGAGCAUGCUUGUACCCUUUUGCCACGACAAAAAAGCUUUCAAUGUUGGCCAACAGGACAAUUGUGGCAGCUUCAAUUGAGUAAAACCAUAAAUGUUCGGAUGCUUGUGAACUCCACACUGAAUAUCAGUAUUGUCAUUAUUAGAAAAUAAUUGCUCAAGAACUCCUAAUGAGCUUUGAAAUAGCAGGAUUCUGUGCUGUUCUUUUUCAUUUUGUUCAGUGGUUAAAAAAUUGUAAUAGUGUAUUCCUGUAUAUAUUGUAAAUUAAUAUAGCUUGCUACAGUAUUGUUUGAUCUAUUCAUUAAUGUACUGUAGUCUUAUUAUGUGCUUUUUUCCAUAACA